AUGAGCCACGACGAACAUAACAGCGCUUCGGCGCAAGAAAAGGGCAUCAGCGAAGCUCCUCCCGCUUUCGACCUUGCUACAAGAAAGGAAGAUGCUGUUAUGGCUGGCGAAGAAGCUGAGCUCAUCGAGUACAAGCACUUGACGUGGUGGCAAGGUGGAAUCGUCCUCAUCGCCGAAACCGUCUCUCUGGGCAUUCUAUCCCUCCCCUCCGUCCUCGCCACCGUCGGUUUAGUCCCCGGCAUCAUCCUCAUUCUCGUCAUGGGUUUCCUGUCCACAUACUCCGGUCUCGUCCUUGCCGAAUUCCGCGAAGCAUACCCUCACGUCCAGAACUUCGGUGACGCAGUCGAAGUCAUCGGAACGUCCAUCGGCAUGGGUCGCGUGUUCCAAGAAGUCUUUGGUUGGGCGCAGGUCAUUUUCCAGGUUUUCGUCAUGGGAAGCCAUCUCCUUACUUGGACCAUCUGCAUCAACACUCUUACCGGCAGCUCCACUUGCACUAUUGUCUGGGCUGUUGUUGGACUUGCUAUCUUCUGGGUUCUGAACCUUCCUCGUACACUCAAGUACACCUCUUGGAUGUCCAUGGCUUCUUGCAUGAGUAUUACUCUUGCUGUGCUGAUCACCGUUGGUGAUGUUGCGCAUGAGCGACCUAUUGGAUCUGGAAGCAUCGUCAUUGCGCAGGAGCUUGGCUUCACUGGCGCUUUCCUCGCUGUUACCAACAUCGCCAUCUCUUUCUCCAGCCACUCUUGUUUCUUCACUGUUAUCAACGAGUUCAAAGAGCCCAAGGACUGGCCCAAGGCUCUUGCUUUCCUCCAGAUUGUCGACACCACUCUUUACCUCCUCGCCGCUAUCGUCAUCUACGUCUUCGUUGGUCCUGACGUUCCUUCUCCUGCUCUUUCCGCUGCUGGAUCUGCCACCAUGCGAAAGGUCAUCUGGGGAAUUGCCAUUCCUACCAUCGUCAUCGCUGGUGUUAUCUACGGUCACGUCGCCUCCGCCUACAUCUUCCAGCGAAUCUUCCGCAACACCAAGCACAUGAUCCGCCGCACCAAGCUGUCCACCUUUGCCUGGGUCGGCAUCACCUUCGGUAUCUGGGCUCUGUCCAUGGUCAUCGCCGAGUCCAUCCCUGUCUUCAACAACCUCCUCGGUCUCAUCUGCGCUUUGUUCGCCAGUUGGUUCUCUUACGGUCUUCCUGGUAUCUUCUGGCUCUGGAUGCACUAUGGAAACUGGUUCAAGGAUGGGAAGCAGACUUGUCGCUUCGUCGCCAAUGUCGUUCUUUUCCUGACUGGUUUCCUUAUUUGUGUCCUUGGAUUAUGGGCUUCUAUUGAGGCCAUUGCUCAGGGUGGAAGCAAGCAGCCUUGGUCUUGUGCCAGCAACGCUGCUGAGUAA